AUGGAAAAACUAUCCGACCCCCCUCGCAUGCUAUAUGUGGGAACACACCUAAACGAGGAAGAUAAGGAGGAAGCAUAUGUUUACUGGCUGAAGCUCAUGGAUACUGACCCUGAUGCUCCCCGAGUAUGCAGAGAGUUCCAACUAUGGAAGGCCUGGAUACAGACCUUAAAUGCAUACUAUCCACCUGAGGACCCUCCGCACAUGACAAUGAACUAUACAAGGGACUUGGAUGAAGCAUAUGAUGAAGCCUGGGAGGAGGAAAUGGACGAUAGGCGCCCGAUUGUGACCAGCAAUCAUAUGUACAUACUCAAAGAAGGGGUGGCUACCAGCUGCAUGGUCAUGGAUGGAGACGUGGUGCUCACAGACAAAUGGUUUGCUCUUCCUAGUGAUUCUGUGCCGCAUGUUACCCUUCUCGUGGGAUUUGGAUACGAGGCAAGAUCUCUGGGACCUGCAGUAAAGGCAGCAAGUUGCCUACGGUGGAACAAAACCUCUUGUUACAACGUGGAAAGCGCAUUCCUUGAUGGAAAUCAAGUAUGGAGAAUUAAACUCAAUGUGGAUGAUGUGUCAAAACCAGAGGUUGUGAGGAGAUCACGUUACCAUGGCAGGGAGAUGACUGAUCAUCCGGAUACUCCUAACAUUUUCAAUCAACUACCAGAGGAACUGUGGACAACAAGUGCUGAAGAUGUGGGGCUGGUUGAUGUAGAACCAGUGGUUGUCUCCAUUCGAAAGGAAAGUGAACUCACUGUCCCAGUUCACAAAUCUAAAUACCCUCUCAGUGAAGAGAAGACGAGGGGAAUUGAGCCUACGAUAUCAGGACUCCAAAAAGGACAGGUUAUAUAUCCAACCUGUUCUGCGUGGAAUACACCCAUUCUUCCAGUGAAGAAAGGUGACACUGGGAAAUGGAGGAUGGUGCAGGACUUCAGACCAAUCAACGAAGUAACUGUACCAGAUGUUCGACCUGUACCAGACCCAUUCUGGCCUUACAGAACAUUUCACCCACCCAAGAUUGGUUUACAGUUGUGGAUCUCGCCAAUGCAUUUUUCUGCAUCCCAUUACAUCCAGAGUCCCAGCCACUUUUUGCAUUUACCUACAGAGGGCAGUAAUUUACAUAUUCCCGUCUUCCACAAGGCUACCGUGAUUCCCCGGGAAUCUUCAACGCUAUCCUGAAGAGCCACUUGGAAGAACUAACAUUACCUGAGGGGGUGACGCUACUCCAAUACGUUGAUGAUCUUCUGUUGGCAGCACCCACUGCCGAGUCUUGUUUGCAGGCCAUCAAGUCCCUUCUCCUGUUGGUAGCCAAAAAGGGAUACAAGGUAAAGAAAGAGAAAGUGCUGUCGGAGAAGUGUCCAGUUCCUGGGAAGAGUGCUGUCCGGGAAGGGACAAGCUGUGUCUGUGGCCCAGAGGACCUCCAUCAUGUAACAUCCCAAACCCACUACUGUACAACACCUUUUGUCAUUUCUUGGCCUUACUGGAUACAGCAGAACACACCUGCCAGAAUACUGUCUUAAGGUGGAACCACUGCGGGCAAUCUUGAGAGAAGCAGGAAACAGAAACCUCACAGCAGUCCUUAAGUGGACUCCAGAGGCAGAGGCAGCUUUAAUCCAACUCAAACAGACGCUGGCACAGGCUGAAGCACUGUCCUUCCCCGAUUACACCACUCCAUUCUGUUUGGAUGUUUCUGAGCAGGACGGUUAUGUACAUUCCAUCCUGUAUCAGAAACAAAAGGGGGAGAGAAGAGUGUUACACUACUACAGCGCGAAACUGGACAACAUUGAAACAGGACAAACUGACUGUGCCAGACACAUGGCUGCCAUUGCAAAAGCUAUAGGUAAAACAGCCCACAUUGUGAUGAGACAUCCACUUGAAAUCAAUACAGAUCAUGGGGUGACCGCUUUUAUAGGCUCCAAACUUUUCACACUGUCCAGUAAAAGAAAAUCCAGCAUAACAAAGGCCAUCACUGCAAAGCACAUUACAUAUGUGACAACAGCAACCAAUAUGACCGAUGGUAUGGGUCUUGGAGAACCACAUGUCUGUGAGGAUAGAGCAGCCAAACAGAUCAAAGUCCGAAUGAACCUGCAAAACUCACCCUUGGAGGGGAACAAAAUCACCCUGUUCACUGAUGGAUGCUGCUACAGGUCAAAGGACCCAAAGGAAGGAAACACUGCUGCCUAUGCAGUGGUGAAACAAGACACAGAAGGAGGACAUGAAGUAAUGGAAGCAGAGAAACUUGGUCCCAAUGAAGCUUCAGCACAGCUAGCUGAACUUAGGGCGUUGAGGAGAGCUCUACAACUAAGUGAAGGAAUGAAUGUGGACAUCUACACAGACUCUGCCUAUGCACAUGGGAUUGCACACAUUGAUGGACCACAGUGGAUGAGGAGAGGAUUUGUGAUCAGCUCAAAUGAGCCCAUCAAACACAAGGUUGAAGUACAGAAGUUAAUUGAUGCAAUCCAGCUUCCCAAACGAGUGGCAAUAAUGAAGUGCAAAGGUCACAGCAGAGAAAGCACCAGAGUGCGUGAAGGAAAUGAUCGGGCUGAUCAAGCAGCAAAAGAUGCAGGAGGAUACACUGCCCAGCAGAUGGUGCAACAAGCCACUCAAGGACAGGAGGAGUUGACGACAGACACAGUAAGACAGUUGCAAGAAGCAGCAGGCGCCUACGAACAGAACGUAUGGAGCAGACAGGGAGCAAGGCAAGACCAUCAUGGGAUUUGGAGAUCUCACACAGGAAAAACAGUGGGACCUGCAAAACUCCUCAGAUCAAUCUUAAGGGAAGAGCAUGAGAAGGCUCAUGGAGGAUGGAAAAGUGUCACAAAAUCAGUUGAGAAAGCAUGGUGGCAUCCACACAUGUUGGACAUGGCAAGAGAGACAUCAGAGAGCUGUGAAGUGUGCAAACAAUACAACAACAAAGUGUCACUUGGAGCAGUGAUAGGUAGCUUCCCAAUACCUGAUGAACCAUUUCAAGACGUUUGCAUAGACUUCACGGACAUGGGACAGGACAACAGAGUGGAAGGAAAAAGGUACCUGUUGGUAAUGGUGGACAGAUUCACCAGAUGGGUGGAAGCCAUCCCCACAGCAAGAGAAGACGCAAAGGCCGUGAUUAAGGGGUUGAGGCGAGACCUCAUUCCAAGGUUUGGAGUCCCGCGAAUGAUCCGUUCCGACAAUGGUACCCAUUUCAAGAAUGAACACCUGAGAGAGGUAGAACAGGCCCUAGGGAUCACUCACAAGUUCGGGUCAGUGUAUCAUCCCCAAUCGCAGGGACUUGUUGAACGCGCUAACCAGACUCUGAAACGAAAAAUUGCUAAAAUCAUGGCAGGCACCAAACUGAAAUGGGUAGAUGCCCUACCCCUUGCUCUAAUGUCAAUGAGACAUUCACCUGGGUCUGAUACCCACUUGACUCCACAUGAGCUUAUGACAGGACGCAGAAUGCCAGGGCCACCAGCAGACAAUCUUAGUAUGCCUAGGCUAGAUAUUGCAAAAAUCAGAUACACAGACUACAUGUAGGCACUAAUUUCUCUUGUUGAAAGAUUGUCUAAACAGGUGGUGGAAGUGCGCACUCCUGCUGUUGAAACCACGGACGAGAACAGAGACAUCCUGGUGGGAGACUGGGUGAGAGUAAAGGUGCAUUCCAGGAAGUGGACGGAGCCAAGGUGGGAGGGACCCUUUCAGGUGAAAGAGGUAUCAAGUCACUCGCUGAGGGUAAACACGAGUAAGAAGGACGUGUGGUACCACAGAACACAUUGUGCCAAAGAUAUAGCUCCAGGAAGAACUCUAGAUCAAGUACAACAUGACUUGGCUGCAGAAGGGGAGGAUGUUAUGGUUAGUAGUGGGGCUGGCCCUAUGGGGAACAGUGACUUCCAGUCAGUAUCAUAA